AUGGCUGAAGGUGUAGGCCAAGAAGGUUUUUUUUGGAAUAGUUAUCCUUGGGUUAUGUCAGGUAAUUCUAGUGGCGGUGGUGGUGGUGAAGAAAGAUUUUCAAGUGAUAAGAAUUCACUCGAAAAUCUUAAUCAGAUGAAACAACACAAGAUGCGAGACACAAUGGAUGGUUCAAGUGUUCGUGACCAAGAAGUGGCAGCAACAAUCGUCGGUGGUGCUAGCAAGCAAAAUGAUGAUACUUUGGAGAUUAAAAAAGAGAUCAUAACUGAGGACACCGAGGUAAGUCUUCAUAAUCUUAAGGGAAAAAGAAAGCUCGCGCCAAGUGAUCAUGACUUGCAUAUAUGGACCGAGCGAGAAAGGAGAAAGAAAAUGAGGAACAUGUUCCAUCAACUUCAUGCCUUAAUGCCUCAACUUCCUCAGAAGGUAGACAAAGCUGCAAUAGUUGAUGAGGCUGUAGACUACAUUAAAACACUGCAACAAACCCUCCAAAGGCUUGAAACAAAGAAGGUAGAAAGGCUCUACAGUCCAUCAACCAAAACCACUACUGGCAGCACUAGAGAGUCGUUUCUAGCCGAUCAGGGUUCCUCAAUUGGGAAAGUCUUGUCAUCUAGCUCAACCUCGUUAAUAUCCUUCCCAUUAAGCUCAACGAAAAUUUUUCAAACGUGGGUGUCUUCCAAAGUCACAUUAAAUGUGUGCGACAUAGAUGCGCAUAUUAGCAUUUGUGCACCCCGUAAGCCUGGGCUCCUUACUGCGAUUUGCUUCGUGCUGGAGAAGCACAAGCUCGAGAUUGUCUCAGCUAAUAUUUCUUCUGAUGAAUUGAAGAGCUUGUUUAUGAUUCAUGUUCGAGCAAACACUUGUGAUCAGGCUAUGGAGAUGUCUCAUUAUGAUGACAUAUACAAGCAAGCUGCAUCAGAGAUAACCCACUGGGUUAACUCUAAAUGA